GCAAAGCAGAAGAGCAGAAAGCAAGUUGAAAGCGUCAGUUGGCGCGAAUCAGUUGCACGGGCAGGUCGUUCUGCGUAGGUUCCACAAAUAAAAGCACGUUCAGAGAUCCAACGUUUUCCACUAGUCGCAUAACAUGUCCAAUCCCAACGUAACGGCAAGGGGCGUGGCUCUGCCCUUUCGCUUCUCGGACGAGCGUACGCUCAAGUUCGUGGAGCUUUACGGCCGGGAACCCUGUUUGUGGAACAAGCGUCCCUAUUUGCGGCGAGCACGAAACGCCGCCUAUCGGCGUAUCCAGGUGGGGAUCAAUGCCGAUACGGAGCCAAUGGAAUCAAUGAUCACCAUCCAAGGCAUUAGGAUAAAGAUCAAGAAUCUUCGCACUAGCUACCACCAGGAGCUGAGAAAGAUCCGUACCAUUCCGGGCUAUUCGCCCAAGGCAUUAUGGUUUGGCCCGCUCCACGAGUUUCUCUACGAGUUCGUUGACACGGCUGAGAAAAAUACCAUGCCCGCUCCGCCGCUGAAGCGAUUGGAGAUUCGUCUGACCAGACUGAAGUCUGUUAAGCUUCAAAACGAGAUUAAACCGGAUCCCGAGGAGAUGGAUUCUUCAGAGACGCCCCCGGUGCCACCAAAUCCAUCUCUUUUUACUGUCCUACCCCAACCCAUGAUCAUGGAGCAACCACUAACCCCUCCGCAUUCGUUGGACAAGAUAGCCGAACUGAACCCGGGUCCAGCUACGGUUCAAAUGCCUCUUCCCAUAACGGCCGCCGGCUCCAUGCCGGAGAAGACUGAAGCCGUGGGAACAGGACUGGGCUCUGUGGCUGAUUUGGGCCGAGGAUCUGGACUAGGAGGACUGGGAAUGGGCUUGGGAAUGCGUGGCGAGGAUGAGUUUACUUUUUUCGGCUUGAGCGUAGCCGCCCAGAUCCGCAAUAUGCCAUUGGAUAAUGCUAUGGUGAUUCAGUCAAAGAUCCAGUAUAUGAUUUCAAUGGAGCGUCGCAAGAUUAAUGGUCACUCCAACGAGGUGGAUAUGUUUAACUAAGAAAAGCAUGCCAUAUUUGCUAGGACUUUCACGAACUGAAAUUUGAAGCUAAAAAAAAAAACUACACAGUAGUAGUGAUCUAUGAAAACGAUCAUGUCUUCUAAUGAUAUUUCCUCGUUCCUUAAUCGUUGUGCUUUUUAUUUUAAGGAAAAAUGUAAGAAAAAACUAAUCUGUAAAUAUCCAUAUCCAAUUAAGCUAUGCUUAAGAGGCUGAACUUUAUUUUGAAUUUAUUGGGCUGAGCUCCCAAGAUUAUUGUUUUUGGAGUCAUAUCAUCAGUUCAAUUUAAAGUCUUGAGAAAUAAGUGACAGCAUAGUCUGAAUAUCUUUUUUUUUUUAAAAAGCUUCUGUUUAAAUGAUAUAAAUAUAACAUAAGUCUUAGUUUCUUAGCUAUUUAAUAAAAUCAAGC